AUGGAUCGGGAGCAAUUCCGCGCCGCGGCUCAUGCCGCCAUUGAUGACAUUAUAAAUCAUUUCGAUUCCCUCCCUGGGCGCCGCGUCCUUCCUACCAUUGAGCCCGGCUACCUUCGUCCCCAAAUCCCCGAAAAUCCACCGGUUGAACCGCAAGAAUGGUCCGAAAUACAAGCAGAUAUCGAAUCCAAGAUUCAGCCGGGUCUAACGCACUGGCAAUCGCCGAACUUCAUGGCAUUUUUCCCGGCUGCGGUCACGUAUCCCAGCAUACUGGGUGAAAUGUAUUCGGCGGCUUUCAAUGCACCGGCUUUCAAUUGGAUCUGUUCCCCGGCCUGCACAGAGCUUGAAACAAUUAUUAUGGAUUGGGUCGCAAAGGCAUUGGGAUUACCGGGGUGCUUCUUGAGCACAUCUGAGAACCGUGGUGGGGGUAUUAUUCAGGGUACUGCCAGCGAGUCUGCGGCAACCAUGUUGAUAGCCGCCCGGGAGCGGCGCGCGCGCGAACUCACCCUCGCUGAGGGCGUGAAGGAUGAUGGCUCACGCGAAUACGAGGAUAGAUUAUGUGCGCAUCGCGCCAGACUAGUUGCUCUAAGUAGCGAUCAGGCUCAUAGCAGUAUUGCAAAGGCUGCAUUGGUUGCCGGUACGAGGUUUCGCUCCGUGCCCGCUAAGUUGGAGGAUAACAUGGAAAUGACUGGAGACUCGCUGCGUGCUGUUCUAACAAAAGUUGAAGAGGAGGAAGGACUGGUGCCUUUCUUUAUUACUUUUACUCUGGGCACAACUAAUUCGUGCGCUGUGGAUCGCUUUGCGGAGCUUAAGGCUGUUUUGAAUGAGAAGGAGUCUUGGAGACGGAUAUGGGUGCACAUUGAUGCUGCGUAUGCAGGUGCUGCUUUGGUGGUUGAUGAGUAUCAGCAUAUUGCGCAAAAUUUCGCUGAGGGAGUGGACAGUUUUAAUAUGAAUAUGCACAAGUGGCUGUUGGUGAACUUUGAUGCCAGCUGUCUAUUUGUCCGAAAUCGCACUGAUCUCACCAAUGCCCUUGACAUCACUCCUACAUACCUCCGCAACCCUUACUCUGAAACAGGCACAGUAAUUGACUACCGCAACUGGCAAAUCUCACUCGGCCGACGCUUCCGAAGUCUAAAGAUUUGGUUCGUCAUGCGCAGUUAUGGCCUGAAUGGCAUGAAAGCACAUAUCCACAAGGGUCUUGCACUUGGCGGCCUAUUCACCGAAAAAGUCAAAAGUCGGCCAGAUCUGUUUGAAAUCGUCACAAAGCCCGAUUUCGCGUUGACAGUGCUCCGUGUACGCAGCAGUGCUGCCUCUUCCAUUGCACCCAACGGCACCAACGGCACUAAGGGUACCAAUGGCACAAACGGCGUUGCCAAGCAUCAUGUCGCUCAAGUGGACGAAAAAGCGGAUGAGAUUACAAAGAAAGUAUACGAAUUGAUCAAUUCUCGUGGUGAGAUAUAUUUGACUUCGAGUGUGAUUGCGGGUAUAUAUGUGAUCAGAGUUGUGGGCGUAAGUAUGCAAGCUGAUGAAGCACAUACUUUGCGCGCAUUUGAAAUUUUGGUGAAUACGACAGAGGAAGUUUUGCGUGGUUGA